AUGUUUUUCAAGGACCUUAUACCAUAUGCAAAAUUGGAUACCUUCAAAGAGGAAUUGCUGAAGCAGCGUAAUUUUGUAAAUGUGGGCGUAUUCACGUGGAUUAUCGGAAUGUUACUUAUGUGCAUAAUAUUUAUGUCGCUAAUGAUAGUGAAGGUCGCAUCUACAGCGGAAUAUUAUCAGAAUCAAACAGCUGCUCUGCGCACCCGAAAUAUACAAAGCUAUAAUCCCACAAGCCAAGAUACGACUCUGCCAACCAUUGUGCAGAUUGAUGGCCAAGAAGUGCAGCUGCGCACAGAGUUGCCAACAACACAUGCUGUUCAACCGCGUUCGCGGCCACUGAGAACACCAAAUCACAUCAAAAUCGACGGCUUGGAGGAGAUGCGUGCACAAGCGCAAUUGCAGCAGCAACAACAAUUACAGCAAUACCAACAACAGCAGCAGCAGCAGCUGCAUCAGCAAGCCAAUCAACAACAAUACGAGCCAGAGGAAAAGUUGCACGCUAGCGAACGCGCUGAAACGGCGUAUUUACUAGAGCGUGCCGAUGGUGGUGUUGGUGGCGAGCCUGUUAGCAGCAGUAAUUCGGUGUAUGAGCAACCCAUUUAUGGAACAUGGCGCACGAAAGCGAGACGACCUCAACCGCCACCGUUCGUCGGUGGUGGCGGCGGCGGGAUUUUCAGCAUGGGCGAAGGAAAGUCUAGCGCAACUGACAGUGAUUACCAGCCAACCACAAAUUUUGCAGAAGCACGUCAGCGACAAUCGUUGCAUCUGUAUGAACAAUUGCCGCGACGUUCAUCGACAAUGACGCCAGUGCGUACUGAUCUACGUGAUCAGAUACCACGCCCACCGCGUCUCACGUCACGCCAACCUUCGAUGAUGCUCAGUAGACGUCAGUACUUGGAUAUACCGCUGAACUCGACAUUUAGAAAUGAGGAGAAACCGAAACCGUUUCACUUUCCACACGAGGGUCCGCUGCCGCAGGAAUUUAAAAAAGCCGAGGAGGAGCGCGGCGAUGUGAACAAUAUCCAAGACAUACUGCACCGAUUGCAAUUGGGAGGUGGCGCCAGCAAAGUGCCGCCGAUGGUAAUGAUGCCGACGGGGUUACAUAUAGCUGGGACUUUAAAGAAUCUGAAAUCUAGUGGCAUCGCGAACUUCUUCCGUGGCAAAAGGAAUAAGAAGCAGAUGCAGUUCGCUAUACCCAUGUCAAUGCCAAUGAACCUGCAAAUGUUGAAACCAUAUCCAGGACCCAUAGUGAAUAUGGUGCCACAUGCGCCCUAUCAGCAACGCAUUGCCAUGGAUCAGAUUUAUCCAUUUAAGCCACGCUCACCGAACGAGGUUAAUCUGCUCGCGUUACAUCAGCAAUUGCAAAGUAAUCGCUCUAAAAGUAAAUCGAAAAGCAAGCAGAAUCAAUCCAACCUGAAUACUAAUAUAAUGCUACAACAGUUCAGUAAUCAGCGCCCAUUCAUAACAGACCCAUUCAUGGCAAGCUAUCAGCCCAUGCUGGAUAUUAGUGGGGUGCAAAAGACGAAAAUGACACGCGUGCCCUUCAAAGUAAACCUCGAUAUCUAUCCGGUAAUGCCACCAACAAAAAAUUUCAAGCCAACUGACUUUACCUAUGAUGAAGUCAAACACGCUUCAUCGACACGCCGACCCCAUAUAGUACGUAAUCCUUUUCUCGACUACUACACCAUGCCCGUGAUUCCUUCAACGGCAGCCUAUGGCUUUCAUCACACAUACGAUCAGUCAUCUUUCGCUCCAUUUAGAUUCCCUACCACAUCCACUCAGCCCCAAUUGCAAUCGCAUGUACCACAAUCGAGCAAUAUGCAAGCGGUUUUCCCCGAACAAAUAUCGAAGUCUCAAUUCCAGACACCGUUUAUGCCCCUGGAUAUAGCACAUAUCAGCAGCGCAAAUAGUGUCAGUGCUAGCGGCCCACCAGGUGCCAAAGCAAAUCAAAAUCAAAUACUAGUCCAUUUAAAUGUUUUCCCCAAACACAAACAGAAUGCACUGCCAGCACCAACAUCGAACAAUCCGUUUUAUAAUGCGGCUCAAAAUAUCAAUCGUCAUAUCAUCAUGGAAGAAAGGGAGUCACUAUCGCCGCUUGAACCGCAUCAUCAGGCGCACAAUUCCAAUUCAACAAAUUCGCCCGAACAGCCGGUCUCGCGUAGUGACAGCUCUGAGCCGGAAGGACUGGUCGAUUUUGAGCAUCCUAUUGUAGCAGCGGAAGUCACUGAUCUGCCACACGCCGCGGCUUUGGUGGGUAAUAAAUUGGACGCGGCGGAGAAUGCUAUGCGUUACGAUCGCAACGAGGGAUUGCCACGCAGUAACUUCCAACGUUACAAUGAGUCAUCCGCGAAUAUCGACCAGAUGGCGUCGGAGGCGCAAGCUGCUUCACUCUUUCGCUUUCCUGUAGAGGAUUUGAUAAAAUUUCAAGUAGACGACGCGUUGUAG